AUGCUCUACGUGUUCUGCUCGGGGUGCCGAGCGCACGCCGGCUUCUUCAACGUCGCCAUCUCGUCCGUCGUCCUGCUCAAGUGGCAAGUGUCAUGCCGGACGACGUCGCCCUCGGCGCCUCCCAGCAGCGCUGAGUGCCUGGCCGCGACCCUGGUCGCCACGCUCUCGCGGUCCGGCUCGUCCAAGUCCGUUGUCGUGCCCACGUUCCAGCCGCCGCAGGGGGCCGCCGGCGCCGAGUCGUCGCCCGCGUUGCACCUGUGGGUCCUGAACAGCAGCAUCGCCUACGCCUCGUCCCGGCGCGAGGGCAAGCGUUCUGCGAUCAAGCUGCUGUACCGGGAGAUCACGCAGGAGGACGCCGACGCGAUGCUCGAGUCGAUGACGUCCGACGUGCAGGAGGUCAACCUGCCGACGGCGGAGAUUGCCAAGGCAGCGCAGGGGUUGAAGGCAAGCAGCGGGCUCCUCCCGCCGAGUGAGCGGGUGUUCAAGGAGUGGAGUGUUGGGCUGUUGGACAAGUGGGAGGCGGGCAGCAGAUGA